CUGAAAGCGUGCAUAUAUAAACGGAGAGAGGGCGGAAAUGAAUCCGGCGACCAUGUGCUGCACUCUUUCCUUCCCGCCGUCUUCCCUCCUCCUCCGAGCCCGCCACCGCGCCAAGACCCGCACCCACGGCGUCUCCCUCCGGACCAUCAUGUCCACCACCCACCCUCACCCCUCCCGGCCGUCGCCGUCGCCGGACCCGGACUCACUUGGUGCGGUUCUCAAGUACCACAACCAGACCAAGCACUCCUUGACCAGGUACGCGAAGGGACCGCACGGUCUGGACUGGGCGAACCAGCCCAACCCCUUCCGCCGCUACCUCUCUGGCCCGCUUGUCCCUCUCCUGCACAUCCCUCCCACCCGAGACGACCCGCCGUAUCCGGCCAUCUUCCGCGGCCUGCCGCAGCCUGCGCCGCUGUCGAAGCUUUCCAUCUCGCAGCUCUUCUACGACUCGCUCGCCCUCUCCGCCUGGAAGACGACGGGAUUCUCCACCUGGUCCCUUCGCGCCAACCCGAGCAGCGGCAACCUCCACCCCACCGAGUCGUACCUCAUCUCCGGCCCCGUCGCCGGCCUCGCGGACGGGCCUUUCGUCGCUCAUUACGCACCCAAGGAGCACGCGCUCGAGGUCAGGGCUGACGUCCCUGCUUUCCUCUGGGACCGCCUCCGGCCGGGCCUCCCCGAAGGGUCCUUCUUCAUCGGGCUCACGUCCAUUUUCUGGCGCGAGGCGUGGAAGUACGGCGAGCGCGCCUUCCGCUACUGCAACCACGACGUCGGCCAUGCUAUCGCGGCCGUCGCCAUGGCCGCGGCGUCGCUUGGUUGGGAUACCCGACUGGUGGACGGCCUCGGCCAUCGGGAGCUUGAAGCAUUGCUUGGAACUCGACCGCCUCCGUCCGAGGAGAAGGGACCCCUGAGGGCGGAUUUUGCCAGAGGGAAAUUCCGGGAGCUCGAACGUGAGCAUCCAGACUGUUUGAUCCUCGUCUUUCCUAGCGGUUCUGGUGAGUUCGCGAUCAAUUUCGAUGAAUUGAGUGCCGCUGCGGCGGAAUUCUCCGGUCUGGAGUGGAAGGGAACCGCUAAUUCACUAAGCAAGGAGCAUGUUUACUGGGACAUCAUAUACAAGACGGCUGAGGUCGUCGAGAAACCAUCCGGGAUCAACGGCGAACAACUCCAUAUACAGGAAUUCUCCGGCUCACCGGUAUUUUCGGAGAGUGCGUACCUUAAGGGCGUCUCUGCGAGGGAAAUUGCGAGGAAGAGAAGAAGCGCAGUUGACAUGGACGGAGUUCAUGUCAUGAACCGUGAGGUUUUCUACCAGGUUCUUCUUCACUGCCUUCCUUCGCCGCAGGGUUCCGGCAGGGGACAACAGACACUUCCGUUCCGGGUUCUUCCAUGGGAUUCGCAGCUGCAUAUGGCUCUCUUCGUUCAUAGAAUCGCGGGGUUGCCUCAGGGCCUAUAUUUUCUGGUGAGGAACAGCGAUCAUUUUGAUCGCCUGAAGCAGGGCAUGAGGACAGAGUUCGAGUGGGCGAAGCCGGAAGGUUGUCCGGCAGACUUGCCACUUUACCGGCUUGCUAAGGGCAAUUGCUGCGAGCUCGCCAAAAGGGUGUCCUGCCAUCAGGACAUUGCAGGUGAUGGCUGCUUCAGCCUAGGGAUGGUCGCGCACUUUCAACCAACUCUGCGGGACAAGCAUAUUUGGAUGUAUCCUCGUCUAUUUUGGGAGUCAGGAAUUCUCGGCCAAGUAUUAUAUCUUGAAGCACAUGCAGUAGGCAUCUCUGCUACUGGGAUUGGUUGCUAUUUCGAUGAUGCAGUUCACGAGAUUCUUGGGCUGAGAGGGUCUGAGUUCCAGAGCCUGUAUCAUUUCACCGUGGGAGCACCAGUUCUGGACAAGCGGAUAAUGAAUCUGCCUGCCUAUCCGGGCCCAGCAAUAGAUGCAUAGUUUGAGGCUAGUCUGGCGCUUCUGCAACAUUUGCACACAUGUACACUAAAAAGUAGCGGAAAAAGAACAACCAAAGUUUUUGCUUCUGGAGGGUGGAUUGGGCUACAUCCGACAUGCAAGGAAUAUCACAAUAGCUUGGACUGUUGGACAUGUUAGUUUCUCUGUUCUGCAGCAAUUUAUAUCUUAAUGCAUCUGAUUUCUAUCCAGUAGGCUCUGUAUGUAUGUUCAAAGGUGUAUGUAUCUUAUAAGCUCUCAGGUGUUCAAAAACGAAGUCUGCAAGGUGACAUUUCUUCAUGACUUGUUUCUAAUGGGGAUGCAUUUUCUCCAUCCCUUUUUUUGAAUACUUCAUCUACCAUCUGCUGCUGUUCUCUCCAACCAUGUCUAAUAAUAAACCAACUUUGUGUGGCA